UUACUUCACAUUCCCCAGCGUCCGAAACUAAGAAUAACACUUAGGACCAAGGUACAAACCAAUAAAAGAAUUAAUGUAAGUCUUAGAAUAAAGCCUACUCUUUAAACUACAAAAAGUCAGGGGAAAGCGCGAACGCAGUCCCCCACUACCACAAAUUAUGCAGUCGAGUUUCCCACAUUUGGGGAAAUCGCAGGGGUCAGCACAUCCGGAGUGCAAUGGAUAAGCCUCGCCCUGGGAAAACCACCUUCGUGAUCAUGGUAUCUCCCCUGCCAGGUAAGUAUGAGCUCUUGUACCUCCGCCCUGCCACAGCCUCAUACGUCUCACCCUUUACAGGUACGGUCACUUGCCCCGCGCACUCUGGAGCCCUCCUGGCCCUGACACACAGCUGGGACUCUCAGGUCCGACCAGCGGUCCUGAACCCGCUCCCACGGCAGGGGAACGCCUUCGUGGGGAAGCAGCAGAUGUCGAAGCAGCAGCCCCUGCGCUGCCUCAUCUACAUAGAAGUCGCCGUCUCCGUGAUGUCACCGACAGUGCCUUUCGCAGUCCCCGUCUGCCUUUCUUCCACUCAGCGGACCAACCCGCUGCCGGAGCCCACAAGGGGAAGUGACGUUUGCCUCUCCCUUUUUUCCUCCGCCCCCGCAUCUGUUCUCUCCCAAAGAAGCUGGUGCUUAACCUGUGUUGUGUAACAACCUUUCGGUGGCCCGAUGAAGCCUGGACAUCCUUCUUCAAAUAAUGACUUUUAAUUCGCAGACUAGAACGUUUAGGAUUACAAAAGAAACCGCUUCUCUUCACAUCCUUAUCGUUGAGAUGUAGCAUUCAGCUUGAAAUUGGAAGCCGUUUAAUAUCAGAGAGAAACCAUAUUUAUGAAAGUAAAGAGACUGCUCAGAUGACUGCAAACCAGCCUUCCUUACUGGUUUUAUCACUGGUAAUGUUAUAAAGACAGUUGUCUAGUUUCAUGAAUCUUGUAGUUGGUUUUUCUUUUUUUUUUUUCCCCCCAAAUUCAGUAUUAUAGAAAAAUAUGCUGUCCCAGAAGAGAUGAUUGGACACUCUCAAGCGUGGUGUUGGAUUUUGUCAUCUCUUCCACAGCCAUCUCCAGACCUUAGUGCUUACCUCAUGUUAGUUUUUUAUAUUCUGCAAACACAAAACCAAAAUAAUCCAAAUUUGACACAAAUACCUGGGAUCCAUCUUAUUUGUGAUGUUUAACAAAUGUCUGGAUCAUCUUUUCUUAUAUUGGAUUACAACACAGGAAACACUGUGAAGUAAGCAAAGUUGGAAUGCCCAAGUCAAAAACCAUUUGAAUAUUUACAAGCAGAUUUGAGACACGAAUAAUACAGGGUGGUCACAGGAUAACAAAUUCUAGGCAGCAGAUUUACCUGACUUGAGGCUAUGGGCUGAUAAGACGCUGAAAAACCAAUGUGGACCAAGUUGUCUAAGACUGACCCGACCCAAUGUGGUGCUUGAUUUGAUGGAGGUUUUACCUAGGCCCUCAUUAUAUGCUCAUUAACAUACUAAAUCACACACCCACCAGUGCCAUGACAGUUCUGAGACCAAUGUUUGAUGUAAAAAUGGAUGGCACCACAGUUCCGAGACAUCUCCACCUUUACCCAGGAAUUGUCAUGAAUAUUCCACUCCUUGGUUAAAGUAAUCCAUCAAGAUGAAACCCCAGAACCCAUUGUUCUCUCUCGGGUAUGCCCAAACUCCCCUUUCUUGAGUGUGUACUUUUUGCUUUGCAAUAAAUCUCUUCUUUCACU